AUGCUUCGACCGAGUAUACUGAUUCGCAUGUAUCUACUGUAUUUUUUUCAAAACCUGCCUCGGGGAACGCCGCCAAACGUGACGAAAAAGGAGGCUCCAGUUGAAGUGGUCGAAAGUGGACCGUAUCAGACUUGUGCUGAAAUCGCUGAGCACUUCGAUAGUGAUGAAUCGACGGUCUUGACUCAACUGCAUUCUUGCGGUGUUAGUCUCAUUCUGUUAAGUGUUCCACCAGUGAGCGAUCUACAACGAGCCAGCUCAACAUACUUAAUGAUAGUUCUUCUUUUACUAGUGCUAAUAUCGGGAGUAUGCUUCUAUUUAUAUAAACAGAAACAAGUGAGGAUCGAAGAAAGUCAACCAACUCAAGCUCAUAAUGCAUCUACGAGAACAGCUUUAGUAGGAAACAAAGUGUCAUCGGUGGCGCAGACUAGUGCGGGGAAUGUAUCAUCACAGAAGCAAUCGAAAAACGUACCAUCAGAGGAGCUUCGGCGACAAGUUGCUGAUCUGGAGGCAAGCACGCCGUCAGCUCCAGGACCGCUGCUCGGCGAGUCACCAUCGUCCGGCGCAGACAGUGGAAGUUCAAGCACUGGAAGAGAAGUACCAAGGAAGAAGGGUUCCAAAAAAUCGAAGUCAAAAACUAAAUCUGGCAAAAAGAAGAAAAAGAAGUCUAAAAGAAGUAAACGACAAUCAGUUGGGUCGGCACCAGGAACAGAACAGCCUACUCCUAACGUCGCUGCAUCAGAUGGUGGAGGAGAUAAGAAGUAA